AUGACGGACGCCAGCGGCGACGUUGCUACAUCCGAAGGAGGAGAAGGUAGAUGUGAGCGUGCACAAGUGCUUGUGUCAGAAGCAGAAACUCCCGGUACUCGACGCAUGCCUGACAACAUCACAGAGCAAUAUAUUGCUUCACUAAAGACCAAAGCAGUCUUUACGUCGCGAUAG